AUGGAUAACCUUCAAGUUAUCAAGUUGAGUGGAAACACUCUUGGUGUUGAAGCCAGUCAAGCCUUGGCUGAGUCACUCAAGACAAAGACCCACUUGAAGCAAGCUCUCUUGUCAGAUAUUUUUACAGGGCGUUUAUUAGAUGAAAUUCCACUUGCUCUUAAGGCUUUAUGUGAUGCUUUUGAACAAGUUGAUUUGCUUGAACUCGAUUUAUCUGACAAUGCUUUUGGUCCUGCUGGUGCUCGUCCCUUGAUCGACUUUUUAUCCAACACAAAAACCCUUCAUACCCUUCGCCUUAACAACAAUGGUCUUGGUUUAGGCGGUGGUGCCAUGAUUGCCCAAGCCCUUCAGGCCUGUGCUGAUAAUGCGAAAGCCGAAAAUCGUGCUAGUCCUCUUCGUACCAUCAUCUGUGGUCGUAACCGUCUUGAAGAUGGUUCUUCACAAGCAUUGGCCCGUGCCUUUUCUUCUCAUGGUACCUUAGAAGUUGUUCGUAUGCCUCAAAAUGGCAUUCGUCCUGAUGGUAUUCGUACCAUUGUUGAAGGUUUGCGUGACUGUAAGAACCUUAAGCAUCUUGAUUUGCAAGAUAACACAUUUACCGCUAAGGGAUCUAAGGCAUUGGCUGCUGCUUUGCCUAGUUGGUCUCAGCUUGAAGUACUGAACGUGUCUGAUUGUUUAUUGAGCAGACGUGGCGGUGUGGCUGUCUUCGAAGCACUUGCUCGUGGUGAAAACAAGCAAAUUAAGGAAUUGUUAUUGCAAUACAAUGAAAUCCAAGCUGAUGGUAUUGAAAUUUUGGCACAUGCUAUCAGGUCUCAUUUGAACUUACUUGAAAAACUCGAAUUAAACGGCAACAAAUUCGAAGAAGAUCAUGAAGUUGUUGAAGUGUUGAGAGAAGCUCUUGCUACUUGGGAACAUGAAGAUGCUUUAGACGAAUUAGAUGAUAUGGAAGAAAUUGACAGUGAAGAAGAAGAAGAGGAAGAGGAAGAAGAGGAAGAAAUUGUUAAGGAAGCUGAAUUGGCUGAAUCUCAAGAGCCCACUACCAAGUUAGACAAGAAGGAGGAAGAUGAAUUGGCUGAACAAUUGAGCAAGACACAUAUUUAA